UUUCUAAGUUUGUGGUAGCACGUCUCUUCUGAGGAAAGAGAGAGAAGGCAACUUGUGCACCAGACAGCUAAAGAAGAAGGGCUCUAGUUCUCUUAUACACAGUUUUCUUUUCAUCAAACUUGCAAUUUUCCUUGAUGGGUUCCGACUUGUUUAGCACCAGAGCCUUUCUAUUGUUCUUGAUCUCAAUCUUUAGCCUUAUCGUCUUCGCCAGUGGGCAAUUAUCAUACCUCUACAGCUCUUGUGGCAGUGAGACACCCGAUGGGGAUUACAAAACUAAUCUCACUUCCCUCUUGGAUUCUCAAUCUUCUAAAGCUUCCACCUACACCUUCUACAAUGAUACCUUGAACCAAAUCUACAGCCUCUAUCUAUGCAGAGGCAAUGUUAACGCUACUACCUGCCAGAGUUGUGUGAAAACUGCAGGCCAAGAAAUCCAGGAGCAGUGCCAGUAUAAUAAAACAGCUAUCAUAUGGUAUGAUGAAUGCAUGUUACGUUACUCUAAUGAAGACUUCAUUGGAACUAUGAACACUUCUCCAUGGUUCAUAAUGUACAAUGUGAAGAACAAAACUGAUUCCGGUGAAAGGGAUGUGGGCGCUCUAUCUUUGAAGGAUCGGCUGCUGGGAGAAAUUCCAUAUUCGAAGCUCAUGUUUCAGACAGAUGAGAGACCGUCCACAUAUAACGCGUCUCUAAUUUUAUAUGGGCUGGCGCAGUGUACUAGAGAUAUCAACACUACUUCAUGCUAUAACUGUUUAUUUGACCUGUGGUCAAUGAUCCAAGAGUGUUGCCAAGAGAAGGUAGGAUGGCGUGCUUUGGGUCCAAAUUGCAAUAUAAGGUAUGAACGGUACCGCUUCUAUGAUGAAGUCUCUGCUGAUCCACCCGCACCUGCGGCUGCUCCCGAUAACCCAGGAGGGGGAGGAAACAACACCAUAAAGAUCGCGAUCAUCACUGUAUCAGCAAUUACAGGAGCUGCAGUUGUCUUGGGUUUCUUCCUUUAUUUUUCAUUCUUUAGCAGGAAGAGCAGACGAGGGGAGCAGAAAAGUGAAGAAAUUCCGUUAAAUGUGUUGGACCGUCCAACCGGCACACACUUUAUGGAAGGGCAUAUGCAUGAUCAAGACAACACUGUAGAAACUUACUACUUCAAUUUAACCACCAUACUGGCUGCUACAAACAAUUUUUCUGAUUCCAAUAAGCUUGGAGAAGGGGGUUUUGGCCCUGUUUACAAGGGGAAGCUGCUUGAUGGAAGGGAAAUAGCUGUUAAAAGGCUUUCAACGAAAUCAGGACAAGGUCUUGAGGAGUUCAAGAAUGAAGUUAUGUUAAUCGUUAAACUUCAACACAAAAAUCUUGUGAGGCUGUUGGGUUGCUGCAUGGAGGGAGACGAGAAGCUCCUGGUCUACGAGUACAUGGCUAAUACGAGUCUUGAUGCUUUUUUGUUUGAUCCAACAAAAUGCAAGGAACUAGACUGGGAUAAGCGAGAAGCCAUUGUUCGUGGAAUAGCAAGGGGGAUCCUGUAUCUUCAUGAAGACUCUCGUCUCAAAAUCAUCCACAGGGAUUUGAAAGCAAGCAAUGUUUUGUUGGAUGAGGAAAUGAAUGCAAAGAUCUCAGACUUUGGCACUGCUAGGAUUUUUGGCAGCAAGCAACUUGAUGCUAACACCAACAGAGUGGUCGGUACAUUUGGAUACAUGGCACCAGAGUACGCAAUGGAGGGACUAUUUUCUGUGAAAUCUGAUACUUACAGCUUUGGAGUUCUAUUGCUAGAAAUCUUGAGUGGGAAAAAGAACAGUGGAUUGUAUAGCACGGAUCAUUCCCAAAACCUUCUAUCUCAUGCAUGGCAGCUGUGGAAUGAAGACAAGGGACUUGAAUUUAUAGAUAGGAACUUAGUUGACAAAUGUCCUGUAAGUGAGGCUGUCAGAUGGAUCCAUAUUGCUCUGCUGUGUGUUCAGGAAGACCCCAAUAAUAGACCACCCAUGUCAUCAGUUGCUCUCAUGCUUGGAAGCAAAUGGGUCAACCUUCCCCAACCAUCAGCACCCCCAUUCUCAGUGGGAAGAUCUUUCAUGUCUGAUCUAUCUUCAACAAGCGGGUCGGGGUUAGGUUUUCUCAUUUCAGAUCAAUCAUCCACUAGUGCCUCUCUUUAGUUCGGAGGUUCAUUGCAUCAUACUUGAGCUCAUACCAGUAUACCAUGAUUCAUAAUUUCAAUUUCAGGAACACAGUGAUGUACCAAUAAGAUAGAAUAGCCUGCCACUUGACAGUGCAAUUUUUUUUCUUGGUUUUUUCCAGUGGAUCAGACCAACUUUUGAAUAGGUUCUACUGAAAUUUUCUCACCAA